AUACAGUCUAAAAAAAUCGGUUGACCAAAAUGUAACGUUAUUCAAUUUUUGGCAUUGACAGUUGGAUGUUUUGACUGCCCUUUGAUAUUUUGUAGCAGAUGAUUUGCAAUUAUUAAUAGUCAAUUGUUUGAAUAAAGAAUACCAAAAUGUUUCAGUUGGGGUUCAAUAUGUUUCAUGAAAUUGCAAGAAAUUUUAACAUGACCUAUCGUUGCUACUCAGUUUCUAUGCUACCUGGAAACGAAAGGCAAGAUGUUGAAAGGGGAGGAAAAAUUAUUAUGCCACCAUCAGCUUUGGAGCUGCUAACUCGUCUUAACAUCGAAUACCCAAUGAUAUUCAAGUUAACAAAUAAGAAGACAAAAAGAAUUACACAUUGUGGUGUUUUGGAGUUUGUUGCUGAUGAGGGAAAGGUUUAUUUGCCACACUGGAUGAUGGCUAAUUUAGUACUAGAAGAAGGUACCCUGGUGCAAAUAGAGAGUGUCUCCUUACCAGUUGCUACAUUCUCCAAGUUCCAACCACUUUCAGAAGACUUUCUCGACAUUUCCAAUCAAAAAGCAGUGUUGGAAAACUGUUUGCGUAACUUCUCAUGCCUGACUACAGGAGAUGUCAUAGCAAUAAAGUAUAAUUCUAAAGUGUAUGAACUCUGUGUGUUGGAGACGAAACCCGGAAACGCUGUGAUUAUUAUUGAAUGUGAUAUGAAUGUUGAGUUUGCUCCACCGGUUGGGUAUAAAGAAGAAGAUCAUAUAACAAAAGGUGAAGGUAGCUCGGAUAUGGGUCGCAUGGAUGAAGACCCAGCUUCUAUGAUGCCGGAGCCGAGUGGUUUUGUGGCAUUCAGAGGUGAAGGGAACAGGCUUGAUGGUAAAAAGAAAAAGCUAACCAGCGAAAGUGAAUCCGAACCACAGGCAUCCAAUUCCAGACAGCCAUAUGUUCGUGGAAUACCGGAUUACGACUAUGUUAUUGGUACACUCAGAUUUAUCAGAAAUUCAAGGCCCCCGAGCGCGAAAGAAGAAGUACAAACAGAACCAUUCCAAGCCUUUAAAGGGGAGGGUUUCACAUUGCGUACUGCCAAGUCGAAGAACUGAGUAGUUUUUAUAUAGAUUUUUUACUAUUCAACUUACAAAAUAGCCCAUGAACCCUUUCAAUAUAAUUAAAAUAUGUAAUGGAAAUUGCACUGUUAUUCCUAACCAAUAUGUUGAAAAUUGUUUACGUUCAUUGGUAAAUGUAAAAAGAAAUAUAUAUUUGUUAAACCUUUUGACUGCUGCAAAAUAGAAAUUAAAUUAUUCCCAUGUAAUAAAAAAGUUUUAAAACACCAAAAUAUGAGAGAAAAUAUUUAUUUUAUGUACAACUCCGUCCAAGGCUUGAGAUGCUAGUUUACAACCAUAUCUUCAAUUUAAACAUAUACAGACACCAUUUUUGUGUACAUUUGACAUCUGCCAUUCAUCAAACUGCAAUCACAAAGUUAUCGAAAUAUUGUUGGAUAUCAAAAACGUUUACUUUUAAAUUAAAAUAAAUAUAUACAAUAAUAAUAUAAUUGCCAGUUUUCACUUUAAUUUAUGGUGCUAUUAUGGUCAUGGUCAUAUAAAUUAAUGCUGAUUUUAGACAGGCCCGUUUUAACAUCGAAUGCAGUGGUCAAAAGGUUGAGCAUUUAUUCAAUAUUAAGUAUAUUAAUUAAAGGCCUUAUUAAAUUCGACAAUUUUGAUAUAUCCAUGCAUACACUGUGUUUAAUGUUAAAUAACCUUUUAGUUUGAGCAUUUGAGGUGAUAAUAAAAAACGAGUUUUACAA